AUGAAGGCUGCUACUGCUCUUCUCGUCGCUUUGGCCGCUGGUGCCUCGGCCCAGUCCACCUCCUCCCCUCCUCCUUUCCGCUACGGAACUCCUAGCGCCAACUAUCCCGGUGUCAGGGGCACCAACAGGAACGGCCCCACCAACCCCAGCUCUCCUCAGCUCAACACCCCCAUUAACCAGACCUCCAACUCGCGUCUUGCUUCCCUGAACUCGAUCGAUGACUGGUGCACUUUCGGUCCCCAGGAGCCCAACACCGAGAUUGGCAACGUCGAGGGUGAGACUGUCGCUUACUGCACCAAACCCCGUAACAACGCCCGUGUCAUUCCCGACGGAACCGUCACUGCUGCUCACUUCGUCAAGACCCCCCUUUACGUCCAGCUCAUGGCGCUUGGUGACUUCACCAAGAUUGGUCUCGUUGCUGGUGAUGAGGGUGGUGAGCUCGACCCCCACGGUGCUACCAACAUGGGCAACCCCGUCGGCGGCAAUGUCACCUCCAACAUCUCGGGGUCGGAUGUCUUCUACGAGGAGUGGAUGAACUACGUCUCGUACAACCAGGUCUGCUUCCGUAUCUGCAUCGCCGGUUCCGAGCAAGCUCCCACCGCCCUCGAGUGCCAGCACGAGCUCGACGUCAUGGGCUGCAACUUCGUCAUGCCCGGCAACUACGCUGACAAGGUCUUUGAGACCUGCGAGGGCGACGCUGCUUACCCCCCUGGUCUGUACCCUCAGGGCAACGGACAGACUUCGACAUUCCACCAGUUCUACACCGGCAUCUACGUUGCUGGCGGCACCACUUACUCGUACACCAACGGAGCUGCCGACCAGACCACACCUACCGCUGCUUACUCGCUCCCCAGCACCUCGAACUGUGUCACCACCUCGUCCAUCUCGAACGGCAUCAAGUCGAUCGUCCCUACGUCGUCGUCGUCGGUCGCUUCCUCUUCCUCGACCGCUUCUCGUCCCGCCGCUACCUCGGGCUCGGGCUCCGGCUCGGCCGGCGGUGCCAGCACCACCUCGGGCUCUGGCUCGGGCUCUGGCUCUGGCUCUGGCUCUGGCUCUGGUUCCAACUCGUCCGGCUCGUCUGGCAGCAGCAGCGGCAGCCCUUCGGGCGCUUCCCCGAUCGCCGCCCCUGCUUUCGGCGUCGCCGCUUCGGUGGCUGCUGUGAUUGCUGGUGCCUACCUCCUCUAA